GGCAACACUCCGAAAUGUCAAACUUAUCAAAAUUCACAAAUCAAACGAAGCAAAAGAAUUUUUUUCAACAAAACGCCCAAAAAAUUACAGUUUUUUGUUAAUAAAAUUUUAUUUACGCGAAUAUUUAAACGUUACAAACAUUCCAAUUGUUAAGAGAAUUCUGCAGCAAAUUGUUAAAAAAUCAAAACGAAUAUGAACUUUUUGGGGUUUGGACAAUCGGCCGAAAUCGAUAUUGUUUUCGAUGGUGCUGAAAACAAAAAAAUGACUGAAGUCAAGGGAGAGGAUGGUAAAAUUGAAAAAAUGUUACUUUAUUAUGAUGGUGAAACCGUGUCCGGCAAGGUAAAUGUGACACUUAAAAAACCUGGUAGCAAAUUGGAACAUCAAGGUAUUAAAAUCGAAUUCAUUGGCCAGAUUGAACUGUUCUACGACCGUGGCAAUCAUCACGAGUUUAAAUGUUUAGCCAAAGCGCUAGCACGCCCAGGAGAUCUCAUUCAAUACAGUAGUUAUCCGUUUGAGUUUCCCAACGUAGAGAAGCAGUUUGAAAUCUACAAUGGUUCGAAUGUUCGCUUACGUUACUUUUUACGUGUCACCAUAGUACGCCGCAUCAGUGACAUCACAAAAGAAGUCGAUAUUGCUGUUCAUACCCUCUGCAGUUAUCCGGAUGUAAAUAAUCCCAUCAAAAUGGAGGUGGGCAUUGAAGACUGUCUGCAUAUUGAGUUUGAAUACAACAAGAGUAAAUACCAUUUGAAGGACACGAUUAUCGGUAAAAUAUAUUUCCUGUUGGUGCGCAUUAAAAUUAAACACAUGGAAAUCGCCAUUAUUAAGCGGGAGUCAACAGGCAGCGGAACGAAUGUGUUUACGGAAAACGAAACAAUUGCCAAGUUCGAAAUAAUGGAUGGAGCACCCGUUAAGGGUGAAAGUAUACCUAUACGUGUAUUUUUGGCCGGCUACAAUCUUACACCCACGAUGCGUGACAUCAACAAGAAAUUCUCAGUAAAAUAUUUUCUCAAUUUGGUGUUGAUGGACACGGAAGACCGUCGCUACUUUAAGCAACAGGAAAUAACGCUGUGGCGUAAAGCUGAUAUACCACGGUAUCAUGCCCACAAUCAACCACCACAAACUGCUGUAGCGGGUCAUAACACUCAUCCUCAGCAUGCUCCUCCACAUUUGGUGAGCGGCCCUCCAGCUCCUGUUGCAGCGCCUCAUUUAACUAACAGCGAUCCGAAUGUAAAUGUCAAUGCCGUGGGAGCAGCUGCGGCGGCAGCAACAGCAGCCUCGUUGUCAUCUGAAGCCAAGAUGGGUCUCUUCACAAGAGAAAGUCCUAACCAGGAAUUCAGUCAACAGUCCCAGGACUCACUACCUACAUCGCCCAUAACACCAACUGCAAUGCCAAUCGAGCGUGGCAUGGGAGAUGGUGCAGCUGCAAUCAGCACUUCGCCAGUCAUGCUUUCAACAACGCCACCGCCUCUGCCAGCUACAGCAGCAAAUGCAUCGACAAAUGAAAACAAACAAGAAGUUGCCGAUGAUUUCCUAGAGCCAACCACAGAGGUUCCACUGAACGAUGAGGAUGACGAUGAUCGUGAUGACAAUGUUAAUAACGAUACAGACGAUAAGCCUCAAGUGGUGCCAGUAGCUUCAAGUGAUUUCUUAGAUAGUGAUGAUGCCGUUACUAGUGGAGCCUGAUGUUAUGGCCCCAAUUGAGUCUAUCUUUAUAUACGACCACAACAACCCGAGUCGUAUAAAUAUUGUAUCAAGUGCUUAACUUAAAAAGUGAAAGUGAAACGAAAACCGACAUUUAUACAGAGAAAUAGACACGGACAGCCACUCACACUCAGCCACCCUCAUAUACUUAUACAUCCUAACACUCAAUAUAUGAUUAAGGGCUUCUUUAAACAAUCCGAAACAAACAAACAAAAGCAGAACUAAAACAACAAUAUUUACAUUUUAUUAAAUUUAAAGGCAAAAAGAGAGAAAUUUACUGAACGACACUAAAACCGAAUACACAAGUAUUCGACAUUUAUCAUGUUUAGAACAAACUUUUGGAGUUAGUUGUCUGUCCAAUGUGAAGAAAACAUAAGAAAAAUUAAACAUAAACUAAAAAUCGAAAUACUACAUUUAUUUAUUUUAAAAAGUCCAUAGAUUGUAAAAAAGUAUUAAAAUAUUCUGUUGUUAUUUUGUUAGACAAAACGAAACAAUAAAUUCAAAACAUGUACACACACAUACAUACAAACAAAUAUUUAAAUAUUGUUUAGACCAUUGAGUAGAAUAGAGCCGAGACUAAUUGUCUUUUGCUUUUGUUUUUAUUUUAUUAAAAGUGUCUCGUCUCUAUGUUUCGACUUUAUGCUUAUUUUUUAACAAAUAACAUUUAAUAACAAUUAACAGAAGUAUGAACCCUUUAGUAUAACUUAACACCACACAGUCCUUCUCAUUUAGCUGUUUAACUUCCCAAGCAAUUCAAAGUACAUAAUUAGAUGUUCAUAUAGUAAACAUAUGAGAAAUCUAAUCUAUUUUUUUGUCGCACUUGUUUGUCUAGAUCAAUUUUUUUCUUUUUAUUAUUUUUAACUCAUAAAAGUUUCCUUCUUUGUUUUCGAAAUAUAUUUCUCCCAUUCCCUGUUUAUUUGUUUUUGUGUUUAAAUAUUUUAUUAUUAUUUUAUAAUUAUUGCAUUGCAAAUAUACAUACAAACAAAACAUAUACGUAGAUACGUUAAUACGAAUACGAAUACAUACAAACUGAUCUAGGUACUAAAUCAAUGUAUUGUAAAUUUUCUAUCUAAAUAUUCCAAAUUCUAUUGUCCCUCUUCAAACCUUUUCACAAUUGCAAUUAAUUCAAUGUGUACUUUAUUUUAUAAGAAAAUAUGAAGUGAGAUGAUGAAACCCAUAAAAAAAGAACAAUGCGUUGCGCAAUUUAUAUAAAACAAAAAUAAGUAUAAAAAAAUUAAUAAUGAAAAUCACAAAUUUGUAAGAAAUCAUAAAAGCGAUUAGCGAAUAUUAUUUUCAAAUAAUGAAACAAAAUAGAUUUAAACAACAAAAUAUACUAAAUCAAUAUUUUUAUUUUGGUAGUUUUUAAGAUAAUACAAAAUGAGAAAAUAAAUCAGAAACAAAAGAAAAAACAGCAAAACAAAUGAUAUAUUCAAAAUAUAUUAUGUAUUAACCAAGUUAUUUAAAAUUUAAAUAAAAAAAAAACACAAUAAAACAAAA